ACCGGCCCGUUAUUGGCGGGCGCGGGGGGGGCGGGGCCAGCGCCAUGGCCGCCGCGGGGGCAGCGCGGCCGCGCAAGGGUUUGUCCUCUGGAAGGCUGUCAGGAGCAGUUAAACUAACAAAUGGAAGAAAACAGUUUGCCUUAAGGAGAGGAUGUUAUUCUGAUGCAGAAUUAUUUUCCCCUGACUCUGACAAUCAGGUUGAUGCUAUCCAUGAUGGACUUGAUCAGUGUGCAGCUUUACUGAAGAAUUUCAUACAAAAUGGGGCUACAGGAAAGGAGGCUGUCCAUAAACAACCUGGGAAAGCAUCUACUUCCAAGCCUUUCCUAACCAAAGGAAAUACUUCCAAGAAGAAGGGGUUAACAAGAAAUGUUACUCCUGCCCCUGUCCGAAAAGAAAUUGUGCCAAUAUCAAAUAGAAAAUUUGCCUCGUCCACCACACCUUCUACUGAGAAAGAACUUUCCAGUGCAGCACAGAAUCAGAUGGUUCAACCUGUUCAUGUGCCUUGCAGUCAACACUCUCCUGUGAUGUAUCAGAAACUGUGUGAGCAUGUGGAAACUCAGAUGUCUCUGAUAACUGGCCAACCACCACAGGAGAGUAAUGAAAUUCCUACUGUAACUCCUUCUCCUACCUCAAAUCAGGGAUGUCAAAACGUUGCAGCUUUUAAUUAUCUGUUACCUACGUCCACAUCAGCACUGUCCCUGCAGCAUUCAGCUAAUCCCUUGACUACUCAGUCAGGUGUUCCUGUAGAUAGUGCCAGUGAAUGUGUGCCAGAGAUGGGAGGACCUGUGGUUUUCCCAGUAGUUUCUGCUGCUCCUGCUGCACAAGUGCAGUCUGCCACUGCUCUUCCUAGUGUGGUCCCUUGUACAGCACCAGGUCCUUCAAUCCCUACAGUGCCUACAUUGGUGCCAGCAUCUUCUGCCAGAGAGAUGACUCCAAACCAAGAGCACCAGAUAAAAGAAGCAGAUUUGAUAAGGUGCAUACAAGCUCACCUGGCCCUGUUACAAUCACGUGAGGGACUGAAUGGCAGCACUGAACAGAGGUGCCAUCAGCAUUGUCCAGCACAACAUGAUGGCUCAAGUGAUACGGAGGAAGAUACUUCUGAAGAGCACAGUGAGGAUCUGGUCAGUGAGGAGGAUGAAUUGAAUGUCCUUGACAUAGCUCCAGUAAGAGAUACAAGCUGUAGGACAAGUUGUGUGAAGAAAGUUCUAAAAUCUAGAAGAGAAAGUCCAGAAGAAACAGCCCAUAAAGUUAUGACUGUAAAAUAUCUUAUGGGUGAACUCAGAGAACUGAUAACUGAUCAAGAUGAUUCAGAAAUGCUGAGGUUGAUGAGUGAAAUAGAAGGUUGUGUAUCAUUGCUCCCAGCUGUAGUGGGAAGUACAAACAUCCAAGCUGAAAUAGCUCUGGCUUUACAGCCUCUCAGGAGUGAAAAUGCCCAGCUGCGCAGGAGACUAAGAAUAUUAAACCAGAAACUCAGGGAACAAGACACCAGUGAGAAGAAAUCUGGACAGAGCUGCAAUUAUGAACUAGUUUCUUUGCAGUCCUUGAAUAUGAUGCUCCAGAGUCAAUUGAAAGAAUCGCAGAAAGGCCUUGAUUCACUGCAGGCUAAAAAUGAAGAACUUCUUAAAAUAAUAGAAAGUCAGAAAGAAGAAAAUAAACAUCUUGCAAAAGUUAUUCAAGAUAAAGAAGAGGAAUUGCUUGAAAACAAACAGCAUUAUGACAUUCAUUCCACCAAGCUCAAGAUUGAAGUGGAAGAAGCAUUAGGAAAUGUGAAGAGCCUUCAGUUUAAACUGGAAGCUUCAGAGAAAGAAAACAAGAUUUUGGGCAUAACAUUACGUCAGCGGGAUGCCGAGGUUAAGAGACUGCGGGAAUUAACCAGAACCUUGCAGGGCAGUAUGGCCAAGCUUCUGUCUGACCUCACAGUGGACAAUGUUAGACCCAAACCUGAAAAAGCUCUCUCAAAGUCUCUUUUGGAAGACCACGAAAAGCAGAUGCAACCUGAGCCAUUUCCUGGGAGUACUGCAGUAAUGACUUACCUUAAAAAAUUAGAAAUGGAUCAUAUUUUGAUAGAUACAGAUCUUCAAUUCGCAAAUGAAAGUGGAAACAUGGAAAUGCAAAAUCUGGCCUAUGAAAAGUUUGAUGCUGAAGGAAGUAAAAUAAACAGUACGUUCAUAGAAGAAGGAACAUCAGCUCCCAGAGCACUACAAACUUCAUUGAACCAAGAUGCAGAAACAAUUAGUGAUUCUGGGACUUUACUAGAUGACCAAAACAAGUUGGAUGAGACAAUUUAUAUUCCAUUGACUAGCAGUGCCUCUAAAAAACAGCAACCAGUCUCUGAAAGAAGUGGUGUGCUACCCCAGAGUAGAGGGGCUUGUAAAACUUUGGAUUUCUGUGAGCUCCCAAGUUCUGUGCAGCAGCGUGGAUGUGAGCUAUCAAAGGAUCCAGCUGUACUGGAUAAGUUAAGUGCUGGGUACAGUGUGAAAAAGACUGUGGAAAACACUCUUGAAGUUACAGGGGAUAAAGCAAAGUUGGAAGGAGACAAAGUCCAAAUGAGAUCAAAAGUCAUUCCAAGUGGAGCUGCAAAAGAUUCCACAGAUAAACCAGACCAACCUCAGCCUGGUACAUACCCUCGUGUAUCAAUGCCAUUUCCAACAGAGAUUUCUCAGAGAAGAGGUAGUAAAACAGCUGAUUUUAGUUGCAUUUCAUUUGAUGGUUUAUCAGUGAGAUCUGAGUGGAGUGCAACUUCUUUCUCAACAUUUACUUCUCGAGAUGAAGAGGACUUUAAGAAUAGUUUAGCAGCCUUGGAUGCCAACAUAGCCAAGUUACAAAGGACUCUGCAGAGUAACAUCAGAAAAUAAUGAUUAUGAGGAGGGGAAAUGGGCUGCCCUUGUUCGGAAAAAUUAGGUUUUUUAAAGUAUAUUAAUAAGUAUGGUGCAGAUAUGUAUAUUUGUAUGUAAUAACUUUUGCUUAGCUGUUUCAACUAUGGAUAGAAUUUGUUCCUCAUUAAGCUGUGGCACUGUUUCCCUUGAUGUGUACAACUUGAAGUAACUGGCUUUUUAUAUAAAAUAUAAAUGGUUUGGGGUUUUUUUUAAUUAUUACUUAGGUUUAUACUCUUUACUUGCAAAAUUAAUUAUACUUGAAAAUUAAAGGUA